AAAGGGGGGGAACAGCGGCCAGGGACUUGAACUGCCAGUGAAACGACACUUCUCCUGCCCUCCUGUUCAUAUAAUAGUUAACUCGGGGUUAAAGAUUAAUACUCAGGCAAAGCACUGUAUAAAUGGCCCGGGCAAGCCGAAUGUGAGUGAGGUGCCUCCUGCUCCCUCUCCGGCCCCUGCUCAGCGGCAUGAGCGGCCCGCGGUGCGCGCUGUGCCGCGGCUGGCUCCCGGCGCUGCUGCUUCCGCCGCUGCUGCUGCAGCUGCCGGCCCUGCCGGCCGCCCGCAUCGCCCGCGCUGCGCAGCCGGUGCUCUGCGCCCCCUGCACGCCGGAGAGGCUCGCUCUGUGCCCGCCCGUCCCGCCUGACUGCCCGGAGGCUGCCCGGCAGCCCGGCUGCGGCUGCUGUCAGAUCUGCGCCCUCGGGCCGGGGCAGCCCUGUGGGGUCUACACCGCCCGCUGCCGCCUGGGGCUUCGCUGCCACAUCCCCACCGGUGAGUCCCGGCCCCUCUCCGCCCUCAUCCAGGGGCACGGGACGUGCUUGCCCGCCAGCGAGGUCGGAAGGAUGCGCACAGAAGAGCCGGCAGAUUCUAUAGAACCUGAUGAUAUGCCUCUGGAAAGCACUGAAAUAACACAGGAUCAGCUGCUGAACUAUCAGUUGAUGUUUCCCAUAGGCCAGGAUAAAUCCGUUCCCUGGAAUUCCAUCAGCACGUAUGAAUACAUGAAAGCGAAGAGAAUAUCUGAACUCGAUAAAUUGAAAGAGCAGGGUCCUUGUCAGAAGGAGCUCUACAGAUCCCUGUAUACAUUGGUGAAGGCUCAGCAGAGAAGCAGAGGGGAGAUUUACAAAUUUUACUUGCCCAACUGCAACAGGAAUGGAUUUUACCACAGCAAACAGUGUGAAACUUUGCUGGAUGGAGAAUCUGCUGAAUGCUGGUGUGUCUACCCAAAAAACGGCAGAAGAAUUCCUGGAUCUCCAAAAAUUAAAGGAGACCCAGAAUGCCAACAGUAUCUCAGCUCACAAGAAUAAAACUAAACCCCAAGGUUUUUCACACCAAGUUUUCUGUGGGGCCUGUUACAGUCAGGAACCAUUACAAUCAAGAGCUAUUUCAGCAGGGUAGUCUUGUGCAUCUGAUUUGAGUGUAUGAGUAACCCCACAAAGUAAAAUUUUUACUGCACUGAGAUUGCUACUAUAAGAUCAAAUCUUAUAAUCUUGUAUAUAUUGUUUGUAUAAUAUUAUACAUUUCCUUAUAUAUAAAGCUGAUUAAUUAUUUAUUUUGCACUGCAUGUAUUUUUAUCUCUAUAUUUAUAUUCUCAAACUUCAUAAUUUUAUAUUUAAAUACUUAAUAUUAUUCCACUUAAAUAUAUACAUCAUGUUGGAAGAAUGCUGCAACUUAAAUGGCAUAGCUAUUGGAAAAAAUGGCUUGUAAAAUUGCAUUUUUGUACUACGUCUUUAUAGAUGUAAAACUGAUUUUUUAAAAAUAGGUUUCAGUAGAAAGCAUGCUUAGAAACUUAUUUAAAACAUGUUUUGUGAAUGUAUUAUGUUACUUUUGCACCUCUGUUUCAAUGCCAGUCUGUUUCUUAAAAAAGAAAUACUAUAUACUGAAUCUCCUGAUGGGACAGUAUUUGUAUAUUUUUUAAACAUAUGCCCUGGAUAAAUGGCAAAACACAAUGAUAUUCUGCACCACCUUUGACAAGUGUAAGCCAUUCACAAUAUUGAUAAUUUUAUUUAAAAUCAUCUAUUAAAAGUCUUCUACUCUGCCCUUA